AAUCUUAUCUUCUAAAAUAGUAAAAGAUCUGGCGUGAUUAUUGGAGAGAUUUCCCAACCCAGGCUUUCUAGUAAUUUGCAACUUGAUAAUUUUUGGCAACAAAGAUUAUGACAAAAGUUGCAAUUUGAAAUUGAAUUUUCUUAGAUUUUGUUUACAUCCACAUUGACAUGUUUGUUGUAAGGAGAUUCGUGCCGGUGUCGGUCCUUUAAGAAUUUUGUUAUUGUUGUGCGUACUUUUACGCGCAUUUAAGUUAAAGCCAAUCAAACCAUGACAACAUCUACAUAUAAACGCCGUCGUUUGGUAUUUCGAUAUUUCAGUUUCACCAUUCUAAUUUCGUUUUUCUAUAUAAUUUUUAAAGGAAUCAGCUUUGAGUUGUGAGCUUUUUGGGGUUUCUUUCUCCUGCACCUGAAAAAAAACCCCAGAAAAAAACAAUUCUCAUAGGGGUCGCCACCAAACCAAGACCCCCCUACGCUGCUUUGAAUUUUCUCAAGGAAGAAAAGGCAAAGUUGUCCGUUUUCUCCUCACGGUUUUUGUUGGCGAUCACGCGGGUUUUAACACCUCUCUUUCGUUGUUUCCUGUGCGAAGAAGAAGGGUUUGGGUUUUGUGUGGGUGAGAAGCGAUUUUCUCGUGCUUUCAAUUUUUUUUUGUCACAGGGAUCUCAUUCGUGCCUUGUUUGAUUAACCCCUCCCCCAGGUUCCUAGCUUCUUCACUGUCAGGAGGCCAGAGAAAAAAACCCAGUGAGUCACUCCUGCAAAUUGCAUGCUACAAUUAGAGUCUGUACUUUGGAGAAGAUAUGGGAAUUUUUUCACGCAGUUCGAAUAGUAGGAAAUCAAAAGAUGGAAUGAAGAUCAUUGCAGCAGCAUUUUUCGGUGUAACUUUUGGCUUUCUCAUUGGAAUAUCUUUUCCAUCAUUAUCAAUCACUAAGGUGAAUCUCCCAACAAAAUUUAAUGCCGAAGAGUACAUAAAGCUGGUGAAGAAGCAUGGCCUGGAGAUUUCACAACCUGGCUUGGAACCAAACAAGGGGUUAACAUGGCAGAUGACAAAGAGAAGAGGAGAUCUUGAAGUCCACAAGAUAACAGAAGAAAAACCUGGAUGGUGCUCAGAUCCUCACCUCCCUCCAUGUGCUGCAUUUGUCGAGAUCAUGGCUCCUGUAUUUUCAAGAGAUGCCUGGAGAUGCGUGUGGCAUAUGAUCCAGAAUGAUUUGGUUCACGGUUGGGGACUUGACUUUGCACUCAGAAGAUGUGCUGAGCCUGCACACGAGAAGAUAGGGGUAGUAGAUUCUCAGUGGAUCGUUCAUCAAACUGUCCCUUCCCUUGGCAGCCAAGGUGAGGCAGUAGAUGGAAAAGCGCCAUGGCAAGGGGUGAGGGACAGAUGCAAAAAGGAGUGGACCAUGUUCCAGAGUAGAAUGGCUAACGCAGAGAAGGAUUAUUUCAAAUCUUUACAAGUUGAAGGCUCCUCCAAUUCAACUGCAACUACCAUUUAAUAGUAUUCUUCAAAAAAAAAAAAAACUACCAUUUAAUAGGAGAGUUGUUAAAUAGCCAGGCCAAGACGCUGACAGAUUCAGCUUACAAAAAGUGUCUUGCAUUUACAUAUAGAGUCUGUAUAUGAUGAUAAUGUAGUGGAUACUCAUCUUUUCUUUUCAUAUUAGGCAUAGGCAUUCGGGGUCCCAAUCGGGUUUCGGUUUUGUGCAAUCGGAUCUCGAUUUUUCGGAUUUAUAAAAAUCAGCCCCAUUCGGGUUAUAUGAAAGUUCGGUUCGGGACCGGUUCGGGUUCUGCCGGGUUCGGGUUGGGGUUAGUAAAUCUCCAAAGAACAGGUACAACCCGAUGUACUUUCGGGUUUGGGUCCCAAUCGGUUCUUCGAUUUAAAACUACAUGAUUUGUAUCUACUUUGUAAGCAAAACAUUGAUAAAAUCGGUUCUUCGGUUUUAAAAUA